AGGCUAGGGAGAAAAGAAAGAGGGAAGGCGAGCUUGGCCAACUGUGCCUUUGGUUCGCCUCGUUCCGUCGCGCGCGCCUGCCUGCACCGUUGUCACUCGGCAGCACACGUCGGCACUGACCGCCUGAGUUCCGCUUCCCCAUCGGCGGUCGCGACAGCGUGUGCCAGUUGGCGUGCGCGUGCAUGUGUUUAGCCCUAACAGACGGCCGUUGCGGCCGCAACCCGUCGAAGCGUGGUGUAUCAUGCCGACGAGGACGGUGGUGAAUCGCCGCGUUGCACUCAUCCCUCCGUACGCGGAGCGAAGGCAUCUCUGCUGUAUCUCUGCUUCUGCUGACGACGAUAGGCAAGGCGGCACCACAGAGCGAAGAAGGCGGAGCCAAGAUCGCUCUGCGACGACCGGUAUGGCCACUCCGUUCACUGCUGCUGCUGUGGCGCUGGCUGGUAGUCGACCUCUUGGCGAGCCUGGUGCGUCGUAAUGGAGGCUCCGUUCGGGCAUUUCCAGGCGCGCAGCGCACCAAGGCACUGACAAAGGGCCCCUUGCCGACAGAGCCCCUGGGAAGCUGGCACGCGGGUCCAUGUCGUCGCCGUGGCGUGACCCGGUGCGCACGGUGACCUUCCAGCGGUCGCCGUCCAGCCGGCAUCUGGACUCGGGCCGGCUGGGCUUCGAGGUGCGCGCCGCCGAGCCCGGGGCUGGUCUCAUCGUCGCCCACGUCGACCCCCAGUCGGCGGCGCACCGCGCGGGGCUCAGGCCGGGGGACCGCAUCCUGGCUGCGAACCACGUCCCCUUCCGCGACCUGGACCUCGACGCGGCGCUGCAGGUCCUGGAGAGUCACCGGACCCUGCGGCUGAGCGUCGCGUCUCCAUCCCGGCACAACGGCUACGCCUGGGUGACCCGCGACGGCCGGCCCACAUCACCGCCAGCGUCGUGGGGAGCACCCGUGCACAAGGUGAGCCUCAACGUGGACAAGGGCCGCAGCCUGGGCCUCACCAUCCGCGGCGGCCAGGAGUACGGCCUUGGAGUCUUCGUCAUUGGCGUCGACCGGCACUCGGCCGCCGAUAUCGCCGGGCUGCAGGUGGGCGACGAGAUCCUGUCGGUGAAUGAGCACGACCUGAGCGAGCUGACGCACGACGAGGCCGCGGACGUGCUCCAGCACGCGCCGCGCAUGAUACUGCGCGUGCGCCGCCUGGGCAAGGUGCCUUGCGACCCCGCCCUGCUGGCUGACGGCGACGAUGACGAGGACGACGACCGCGCUCGGAGAAGCGUCCAGGACUGCAGGAUGGUGGACCACCACGGUUACGGCAGUGUGCGCGGUGACGUGGAGCGACUAGAGUGCGGCCUGGCUGACCCGAUGCCCUCGCGCGUAAGCCGCGGCAGCAGCCGGCGCCUCAGCCCUCGGCGCCAGACCAGCGAGGAGAUCGAAGAGGCCCUGGACGCCAAGUGCGCGGAACUACUCUCGCCAAGCGCGCGCAUCUCGUUGGCCUACUACCGGAAUGAGUACGAGACACGUGCCAUGACGGUGGAUGCCCUGGUCGCGGUGCUGCUGGAGCUUCUGGACACGCCGCACAAGUACGCGCUGCUGGGUCACCUCAGAAACUCCAUACGACCGGAGGACCUCGACAAGUUUGACGAGCUGCUGUACCGGCGAGAGGUCCAGGCGGCGCGCUCCAAAGAAACGCAGCAGCAGGUGCAGAUCCAGCUCCAGCAGCAGCAGCAGCAACAACAACAACAACAACAACAGCAACAACAACAGCAGCAGCAGCAGCAGCAGCUCCAGCACCAGCAACAGCAGCAACAACAGCAGCAGCAGCAACAGCAGCAGCAGUCGGUUGUGGUGGAAGGUGCCUGCGGGGGCGCUGAGCUGCCCAGCGAGGACAGCGGAGUCGACCUGGCCAGUGGGGGUGGCGGAGGCGGCGGCGGUCUCCAGCAGGGCGGAGGCAGCCGGCGACGCAGACCACCGUUCCGGCGGCACAGUAGCGGCGGUGAGUCCGGCGACAAACAGCUGGCCGUCGAGGACCGCCGCUGGAGCAGCGUCAGCGAGCCACCCAUGGACCCGGACGUGGUGGCAUAGCCCGUCGGCUGAACGAAGUUUCUGCAAAGAACUUAUGGCUGUAAUGAAAACACAAACGAGGAAUAUGCUCACUUUAUUUUGUUUUUACAUACGACCGAACAACUUUAUCACAGUCUGCAGAAGCGUCUCUUGACUUGUAGUUGGCACGCCCAACGGUGAAAAACAGGUGGACAGAUAAAAACGUUGCUUGAACAUUUGA